UUACUGUCCAUUGACAGAUUGUAUGCUGAAGCUAUUUUAACUUGUUCAAGUUUAAUCUACAGUGCUUUUUACAACUCCCUUGUAAGUUCAUAAUUGUCAAGAGGAUGUGUGUUUUGGUUAUGAAAAUUUACCUUGCGGGUUUUUAUAAUAUACCUCCACUGAACCAGUUGAAUGAGGAUCAGACAAUAUUAUCUCAAUUUUGAUUGAAAAAUGUACAUCAUGUUAGGUCCGAUUUACUAUUUUCGAUGACUGUUUGCCCGUGGCUGAGGAGAAGUUCAAGAUGGUAAUCAAGGAGAACUAUUUUACAAGAAAUAAGUUUGAUUGCCAAUUGACAUCGUCACAGGUCAAGAAGUUGUGCAAGCUUUUUGUGCCUGCCAGGAAAGUCAACCAGUCCAAAAGGGUGGGAAGGAGGGGGAAGGCAGAAAACCCUAAACCUGUGCGUGGAGAAAGAAAGAGAAGGAGAGGAGAUGAUGGGACACCUAUGCGCCGAGAAAGAAUUAGGAGGCGCAGAAGGGAUGAUGAGAGGCACACUUAUUUGAGGGAGGAGCGUAGGCAGCAUGAGCCCCCUCGUAAGCGUCAAAGAGAUGUUACACCUCCUGUGGCACCACAGUGGCAGCGUCCACCGUUACCUGCACCAGCACCAGCACCUCAACCGCAUACUGUUGCUUCAUAUGCAUUUAGGAGAACACCGGAAGCGAAUGCUUACAGGCUGGAUCCGUACUUAAAUGAUCGUGAUCCUUACAGAGGUGGGCGAGAUCCACAUGUCCACCGUGACCCUUAUAGAGAAGGGCUAGAUCCAAAUAUACAGCACCUUGAUUCUUCCAGAGAUGACCUACGUUUGGCACCUCGGGAUACUUAUAGGAGGGAACCAAUAUCGGUUCAUCCUGAUGUCUACAGGCAGGAUCGAGUGGCUUACAGAGAUUCUUAUAGACGUGAUGAGCUGUUAGAGUACCAUGAUCUUCGGUCUUCAAAUUUGGAAACUACGAGGCGGGAUGAUAUCGGCAGCCGUGAUCUUUAUGUUCCAUAUCGAGAUCAUCCAUCAAAUUUGGAAACUAGGCUAAGAGAUGAGAUUGUCAGCCGUGAUCCCUAUGUUUCAUACCAAGAUCGUCCAUCAUAUGCUGAUCCUUUGAAUUCUACGGAGCGUCAUUCUCAAACAGGCUUGUUACCUGAGUAUCGUCUUGCUCGUCCCAUAACCCAUCAUCAUUCCACUAGGGAUCCACUUCAUGAAUAUCGCUCUCGGGGAACGUUAUCUCGAUAUUGAAGUUAUUGUAGUAUGAGGACACCAUUCCAUUGCCUGCUCCUUUUAUGGUUCGGUUGGCCAUAUUAGUUCCGACUUUUAGACUUUUGAAGCUGGUGUACUUUCGGACCGUAGAUAAAUUUGGCAAACGUACGUCAUUUAAACUUUUCCUCGUGAUCAUUAUUGAUAUGUAAUUGGAUCAUUUCCUUUCUACUAUAAUGGACUAGGGGUAGGAGCUUUAAGUGGGAUUUCACUUUGGUCCCUGAGAACUUCGGUUUGUGAAACACGCACGUAUAACUGGAAAUUAGAGAUUAGUUAAUAUUAGUUGUCGUGGCAGAAUUUUCAUUUUUGUA